AUGUGGAUUGUGCCGCCGGGUAUCAGUGACCCAUGUGCCUUGCCGGGCUUCUGCCCAGUCGACAACCGGGAAGGCUCUGAGGAAGCCCCUGCCUCCACGUCCACCCGCAAAGUCGAACCGGUAACCGUCGUUCUAACUUCGACAACCCGCAUGACUCUGACGACCACGAACUCUGCCGCAAAGCCGACCUUCUUCGUAACAACCGCAACCACCGAAACGGCAGCCACCGAAACAGCCAUCACCUCGCCCAACGCCGCGGUCGCCCAGCCUACGGCGGUAAUCCCGGUUUCUACUGCUCCUACCACCACAGCUGCGCAGGCCGAGGACCACAAGGGUAGCGGAAUCCCAAUGGGUGCUGCCGUUGCCGUUGCCGUGGGCGCCUUGAUCGUCGCCGCUCUUGCUGCUCUCUGUGUCCGGGGCCGAUGGCGGCGCAAGAAUAAGAAUGAGAGGCGCAAGGCAAAGAAGGGAAACUCUCGCGGCAGCCCCGACUCAGAGAAGGGAUCCAGAGCCAGGUCCAGGGGCACGAGCUCGCCGAAGCCCCCGAUCUCGCCACCGAGGCGGUAUAACGACUCCCACUCGCUGAGUCCGAAGAGCAGUGUGUACCGCCAGUACACUCGAACGAGCCACCGCAGCGCGGGCGACCACAGCACUCUAGUCAGUCCAAUGACCCCCCGCAGCACCAACUCGGACCCCGUGUUCCGGCAAGAGCUCGACUCGACUCCGGUUCGCCGGGAGCCAGGCUCGGCACCAGCAGCCUCGUCGAAAUUUAUCACCCUUGCGGACAUCAUAUCCUCCAUGGGAGAUCAGUCCAAGGCGGCUGCCAGACCGGAGCCACCCAAGUCAUCCCGGAAUCAUGGCUCACGUGGCGCAACGGUCCAAGACCCCCUCGAACGGCCGCGGGCCACGAUCAGAGCAACGGCGGAUGAGCGCCGGUCCAAGACGUAUGUGAACAGCUGGACCAGGUUCCAAAACGUCCAGGUCUAA